CCGCUCUUGUCUCCGCUCGCUGACUGAUGCUCCGGCGGAAGCAACACGGUCCUGUGUUUUCCGUAGUCAUCGUAGAAAUAGCUGCUAGCAGCGAGCGUUGGACCCUGUCUGCACAAAGAAAGCCUCCAGUUGUGUGUGCUCGCUUGUAUAUUUUUGACUAAAAAUGCCGCUGGAGAAUCUGGAGGAAGAGGGUCUGCCCAAGAACCCUGACCUGAGGAUAGCACAGCUGAAGUUUCUGCUGACGAUGGACGGUCACCGGCAGGACGCUAAAGUGAAGACUGAGCUCAUGGACGCUAUCAAGGCUAACAAUAUGGCGCCCUACUAUGAGGUUCUGUGUAAGGAGCUGAAGUGGCAGCUGGACGGUGACCUGCUGAGUAAAAUGAAGAAGACCAACGAGGAGGAGCUGAAGCGUCUGGACGAUGUGCUGGAGGAUGCGGAGAAGAACCUGGGAGAGAGUGAGAUACGAGACGCAAUGAUGGCCAAAGCUGAAUAUCUGAUCAGAAUUGGAGACAAGGAGGGUGCCCUCACAGCCUUCAGGAAGACCUAUGACAAGACAGUUGCUCUGGGUCACAGGCUAGACAUCGUCUUUUACCUGUUGAGGAUCGGUCUCUUCUACAUGGAUAGCGACCUCAUCACGCGCAACUCGGAGAAAGCCAAGAACCUUAUUGAGGAGGGGGGAGACUGGGACAGGAGGAACCGCCUGAAGGUCUACCAGGGCCUGUACUGUGUGGCCAUCAGGGACUUCAAGCAAGCUGCUGAGCUCUUCCUCGACACAGUCUCCACCUUCACCUCCUAUGAGCUCAUGGACUACAAGACUUUUGUUACUUACACCGUCUACGUCUGCAUGAUCGCCCUCAAAAGACCUGACCUCCGUGAAAAGGUAAUAAAGGGAGCAGAGAUCUUGGAAGUGCUGCACAGUCUGCCUGCUGUCCGCCAGUAUCUUUUCUCGCUCUACGAGUGUCGCUACUCUGUCUUCUUCCAGUCUCUGGCCAUGGUGGAGCAGGAGAUGAAAAAGGACUGGCUCUUUGCACCACACUACCGCUACUAUGUGAGGGAGAUGAGGAUCCAGGCCUACAGCCAGCUGCUAGAGUCAUACCGUUCCCUCACCCUGGGCUACAUGGCUGAGGCCUUUGGUGUCAGCACAGAGUUCAUCGACCAGGAACUUUCGCGAUUCAUAGCUGCUGGCCGUCUCCACUGUAAAAUUGAUAAAGUGAAUGAGAUUGUGGAAACCAACAGACCUGAUAGCAAAAACUGGCAGUACCAGGAAACCAUCAAGAAGGGCGAUCUGCUGCUCAACAGAGUCCAGAAGUUGUCAAGAGUCAUCAACAUGUAACCAGGGAGGCCAUGUUUUCGCAUUACAGCAAGGGGGAAAUCUUCUUAUUCCCAAACAUGUAGUUUGUCUGACAAGGUGACGUCUUAUAUUGUGUAUAUAAUAAAAUUUGUUUAACUGUUGA